AUGAAGGCACACAUAUUUCAAAUCUCGGCUCCCCUCAAGGAAAAAGCGGGAUACUUAGCUGAAAGGGUGAACAAGGCCGAGCGCCUUCAAAGGUUGCUCCAGUCGCCUGAAGCCUUGUGGAUUGAUUGUGGGGGAUUUAGGCGUGUCACGCCAACCAUCUUCCAGUUCCUGGAUAAUCAUUCCCGGAUAAUGCUUGCCGCAGGGGCUAACCCUAUCUUCGCGCAUACUUCCUUGGUUGUCUGGGAGUUGAAUCAGAAGCAUCGAAUGAAAGGUUCUUUCCAAGACCAUCUGCUAUUGAAUCAGCUGCUGUUGCCGGGCGAGAUUCUAUCUUUUCCUUGUAGUCCACGGGAUUUUACUCUGGGGAAGCUCAUUCCUUGGAUGGAUCAUAACUUAUACAAAGGAUAG